GUCAAAUUAGACCAAAAAUCGACAAAGUUUGGAACUAAUUCCACGAAAGCUGGAGUUUAAUUUUUUUUUUAGAUCAUACCUUACUUAUAAACAUACUAAAAGUCCUGACACCUACCCCUUGUGCGUAGCCCCCCACCCCUCUUCAAAGGGUGGCGCACCCCUUUCACUUGUUUCGCUUAUAACUCGUUAGAUUUUUAACUUACGAUAAAAAUACCCAUGACCAAAAUUAAAGACCAUACAAUUUACCAUAGACUUGUGCUACUUUUAAUAUAUAUAUGUUGCGAUAAGUGUUAUUUUUUUAAAAAAUAUAAAAAAUAAUUUUUUUUUAUCUUUUUUUUUAUUGUGUUUUAGCCAAAACCGUCAAUGAUACGCUGAAAUGACCUAUGACAAAAGUUAACGAGCAUAUUAUUUUACAUAAUGUAAUGUUAAAUUAUAUUAAUAAUUUUAAUUAUUGUAAGUCGUACAUUUGAAAUAGUCGUAUAAUUUUAUAAAAUAUACAGUAUGAAUAAUGUCAUUGGAUUAUAUUAACGUGUAUAUUAUAUUAUUUAUAUUAUCGCAAUGGUUGUAAAAGAUAUAAUUCGUAGAAUCGGAAUUGUUGUGGAUGGUGAGCCGGCCAUAGUACACGUGUACACAAACAGGGUUUCAGUGAACGUUGAAUCUUGAGGGGAUCUAUUGUUGUAUUGUAAUUAAUUGUUAUAAAGCACAAGAAGUCGGCCAACAGACGAUGAACAAUGUUAUAGGUGAUAAUUUUAGUGAUGUCAAGUUACAACGAGCAAAUCGCGUAGUCCCUUUAGAUUUUGCUAAAAAACUAACGGUUUGUAUUAGAGAUGACAUUUUUUCAAUUGAUCCUUUAUUACUCUUCCAAAGAAUAAUGAUAAGAGUUAAGACUGACGAAGAGCUCAAAGAAUGUUUUGAAUACGAGUUAUCACCUAUUCCUCUUUCAUUGUUCGACGAAUCAGGUCAAAUGCGAAAAUCUAAAAAAUCAAUUUUAUAUGAUGUGUUUCUAACUACAACAAACACAUACAAUGUUCUGGACAAAAAUGUUAUUGUAGUAAUCGAUGGAGGUUUCUUAUUGCAUCGUGUUGUAUGGCCUUCAACUUCGACGUAUGGAAAUAUCAUAGAAAAUUAUAUAAGCUACGUGAAAAGACACUAUGGAUCUAACUGCAUAGUUGUAUUUGAUGGAUACGCAAAUACCGAAUUAAAUAUUAAAAAUUCAGAAAGACAGCGACGAAAAAAUAUGUAUACGAGUACAAACAUAAUUUUUGAAGAGUCAAUGGAUGUACUAACCACUCAAGAAAAAUUUUUAUCCAACACCGAGAACAAAAUAAGGCUUAUAACAAUGUUGACUGAAAAGUUUUUGACUUCGGGUAUUCUUGUUCAUCAAGCCGAAGAUGACGCUGAUUUACUUAUUGUCAAUACAGCUAUACGAAACACCGACGAUAAUAUCCAAGUAGUGGUCAUAGGAGAGGAUAUUGAUUUACUUAUACUGUUAUUAACAUUAAGUCCUCCAAAAAACACAAUAAUAUUCGAAAAACCGGGUAGAGGAAAAAUAGAAACAAGAUCUUAUGCUGUUGGAAGUUUACAAGAACAUUUUAAAAAUGAGAUUCAAUAUUUUAUGUUUAUCCAUGCGGUGGGUGGAUGUGAUACUACUUCGUCAUUAUUUCAGACAGGCAAAAUAAAACACCUGAAAACAGUUCAAAAACACCCGGAAUUACACGAUUCAUUAUUAAUAUUUAAUAAUGAAUCGUCAUCGCCCGAAGAAAUUGAAUGUGCUGGAGAAAAAUAUCUUUUAGCAUUAUAUAAAGCUCCAGCCCAUAUUACAUCUUUAAAUAAUUUAAGACAUCAUAUUUUUCACAAAACCGCAGCUUCCAACAAAAAACAAGUACAACUAGCUAGACUUCCGCCUACUAUCGAUGCGGCACGAGAACAUUUACAUAGAGUGUAUUUGCAAAUACAGUUGUGGCGUGGUAAUAGAUUAAAUCCACAGAAUUGGGGAUGGAAAGAAGAUAAUGGCAAACUAAAUCCAGUUUUCACGAAAAAGCCACCAGCGCCGGAUACUCUUUUAAAAGUGAUCAGUUGUGCCUGCGCAAAAACAUGUGAACAAAAUUGUAGCUGUCGAAAAGCAGGAUUGCUAUGCUCGGUUAUAUGCAAGCAUUGUCACGGAGGUUCAUGUUUAAAUCAGCAACCGAUCAUAGAUGAUGUAGAAGAGGACCAUAUUGAUGACAACUUUGAGGACAAUAUCGAUGAAAUAUUUUUAAUUGGAAAUCAAAAAGAAGAAACCAACACACCGACAAUAAAAAAAAUUAGACCCACAUAAUAUAAUUAAUAAGGACCCAAAACCCAACACUAUUUUUAUAUUUAACUUCAUAGCUUAUAGUCUGAAAAAAUA